AUGUCGAACAUGCCCCCUGAAAGCACUGAAGAGAGCAUUGCGGCUGCGACAGCCGACGAGGCUCUCGUCUUAACUCCACAGGAGCAGGAGUCUCUAAUCGAAAGUGUGUACAAGAACCAGGGCGGAGACCUGGUGGUGCGGAUCGUGGAGGAGGUCGGCUUAAAUGACUUUGGCUUCGUAGUUAUGCGGCUCGACUACGGCAACGAGGAAGACUGGGUGCGAUGGAAGGACUCUUUUACGGAGCACCUAGACCUGAGUCUGGCCAAGGCGGAAGGCGGCGAGAGGAUCAUGGACAAUCUGCUUGUCAACUUUGUAGAAGACGAGGAAUUAGACAUGGCAGGAUUCUGUGGUACAGCUUGGUACUACGUCGCUAUCCAGGAAGAAGGACUAGUGCAGCCUGGCCUAGACUCGAGCAUGUUUCUUGCUGUGGACAGGAACGCGAUAGACUCUCUCUUAUCACCUGUAACAGGCCAGGAGCCCUGGGUCUGGGCUGUUGAUAGGACGUCCUCGUUCGAGGUCGGCCAGCAGCCACCCCAGGGCGAUCCUCCGUUAUCUUUGGAGUAUCCCGGAUACUUUCGAAUCGCAAUCUCAGAGCUCGUUCCACAGCUGUGGCCGGUGUGCAUGCUGCUGGAGGAAAUGUGUGGUACGCAGCUGUGGGAAUCGCUCGUUGGCAUUGGACUUAAUUUUCUGGUGCCCGGCGUGUCUCACACUCUUGGAUAG